AUGACAACUAGCACCACGAAGGAGCAAGUAGCGGCCGCGGCCCCACCGCCUUGCCAGAGCUCUAACAACCUCUCCCCCAAUAUCGCCAAAGGCAAGCGCACAAAGAGACAACGGCCCCAUUCCCCGACCCUAGAUCACGGGCCGGGGCUGGGCCCAAGACCGAGCCCGGCCUCCUCUAACGAGAGCACCACCACGGAGGAAGAGGACACGGCCCGGUGCUUGAUCCUCUUGGCUCGAAGCCAUUUCCCGAACUCAAACAAGCAUCCGAGCACCUCGUGCAUGUACGCUUGCAAGACGUGCAAUCGGGCCUUCACGUCCUUCCAAGCCCUCGGAGGCCACCGGGCCAGCCACAAGAAGCCCAAAAACGAGCCUAGGAAUCCUGCGACAGUUCCUCCUCCUGACGAGGAGGGUUUCGUGCCGGCACCCAAGAGAAGAAUGUUGCAACCGAGUUAUCUUCACUUGGCCAAUGUCGUAGAGUCGGUCCCGAAGACGCUAUCUUUUCCAAGGGUUCACGAGUGCUCGUGCUGCGGAGCGGAGAUUGCAUCGGGCCAGGCCCUCGGAGGCCACAUGAAGCGGCACUGGGCCGGGCCUACAGGCGGGGGGCCCGAGGAAGGGAGGAGGCAGGGGAAUGGGCGGCCAUUGGAUCUCAAGCUACCGGCUCUUGAGGAUGAAAAUCAACGGUUGAGAUUCGUCGCAAGGGAGCAACGAGGCUCGGACAAGUUGGUUUUGUCUUUGGCUAACUCUCCAACAUUACUUCACUGCCAUUAUUGA